AUGCAGAAUCAGACUGAAUUUCCAGGAAAUGCAACUUCCCUCAAAAACCUGUCUAUGAUAAUCAAGGUGUGUGUGGUUAUCCCCUUUUUCUGCGUCUUCCUCUGCUGCAUUAUUGUCAUGCUGCACAUCUUUGCAUCUCACAGGCAGUUCCUGGACACCUCACGUUACAUCCUGUUUGCCUACAUGCUGAUCAAUGAUACCCUCCAGCUCUUGUCCUCUGUACUGCUCUUCCUCUUUGCCAUGGGCCAGGUGAAAUUUGCUAUUAUCUACUGUGUUCCUCUGCUGUUCAUUUCCACUGCCACUUUCCAGAACACACCCUUAAUCCUGGCCACCAUGUCACUGGAGCGUUAUGUUGCCAUCUUCUAUCCUCUGCAGCGCCCAGCUGCCUGGCGCUCAGACCGCAUCUGGAUCAUUAUUCUGUCCCUGUGGCUCAUCAGCUGUAUCUACCCUAUCAUUGACUACUCCAUCGGGGCACAUAAUCCUGCUGUGGAUGUUCUCUCUACUCCUGUGCUUUGCAAAACUAUUGUUGUCAGCUCAUCUCCAAUCCAGACAUUGUUCAAAGUUACUGUGAGUGUUCUCUUCUUUGUAGUAGUGGCUUUUAUCAUCCUCUUUACAUAUGUGAGAAUCCUGCUGGAAACCAGGAAGCUGGGACAAAACAGAGUGUCUGUGAGCAAAGCCAUGCACACUGUGCUGCUACACGGCUUUCAGCUGCUGCUGUGCAUGUUGGCCUUCACCAGCCCCAUCACUGAAAAUCUCAUAGUGCUGCAUGCCAACUGGCUACAACAAGAUGUUGCCUUUUUUAAUUACUUCUGUUUCAUGCUAAUUCCACGCUUUCUCAGCCCACUUAUCUACGGCUUUAGAGAUCAGAGUCUCAGGGGCUACAUCGGGAGAAUGUUCCUCUGCUGCUCAAAUAAAGUCAAACCCCGUGUCAGAGGCAAGCUGCAGGACAAUGUAUCUACUUCUUGA